CGGCACCAGAGCGCCAUGGCGAAUGACAGCGGCGGCAGCGCCGGCCAGGGCGGCGGCGGCGGCGGCGGCAGCAGCGGGAGCAGCAGCAGCAGCAGCAGCAGCAGCAGCGAGCGGGACCGACAGUACUGCGAGCUGUGCGGCAAGAUGGAGAACCUGCUGCGCUGCGGGCGCUGCCGCAGCUCCUUCUACUGCAGCAAGGAGCACCAGCGGCAGGACUGGAAGAAGCACAAGCUCAUCUGCCGCGGCGGCGGCGCGGCGGGCGCGGCAGGGGGCGCUGCGGAGCCCCGCGCCGCGCAGCCCCCGCCGCCCCGCGGCGCCGGAGCCGGGGCCGGAGCCGGAGCCGGGGCCGGGGAGGCGGCGGCCGCGGAGCCGCCCGCGGCGGCGCUGAGCAACAACCACGUGGCGGCGGGCGAGGCGGCGGCGCCGGGGCCCGCGGCGGCGGCGGGUCCGGGUCCGGGUCCGGGCGGGGAGGCGGCGCUGCUGUACCGGGACAAGUCGGAGCUGUACCCGGGCGGCGUGCAGGCGGCGGCGGCGGGCGGCGCGGCGCUGCGCCCCAACGGGCAGACCAAGUCGCUGGUGCCGCAGCGGCUGGCGCUGGAGUACAUCGUGCCCUGCAUGAACAAGCACGGCAUCUGCGUCGUGGACGACUUCCUGGGCAAGGAGCUGGGCGGGCGCGUGGCGCAGGAGGUGCGCGCCCUGCACCACACGGGCCGCUUCACCGACGGGCAGCUCGUGAGCCAGAAGAGCGACUCGUCCAAGGACAUCCGCGGCGACAAGAUCACCUGGGUGGAGGGCAAGGAGCCCGGCUGCCAGACCAUCCGCCUCCUCAUGAACAGCAUGGACGAUCUCAUCCGCCACUGCAACGGCAAGCUGGGCAACUACAAGAUCAACGGCAGGACGAAAGCUAUGGUGGCUUGUUACCCAGGCAACGGCACAGGAUACGUUCGCCAUGUUGAUAAUCCAAAUGGAGAUGGAAGAUGUGUUACCUGUAUAUAUUAUCUUAAUAAAGACUGGGAUGCCAAGGUAAGUGGAGGCAUCCUUCGGAUAUUUCCAGAAGGUAAAGCCCAAUUUGCUGAUAUUGAACCCAAAUUCGAUAGACUGCUAUUCUUCUGGUCUGAUCGCCGCAACCCUCAUGAAGUGCAGCCAGCAUUUGCUACAAGGUACGCAAUAACAGUGUGGUAUUUUGAUGCAGAUGAAAGAGCACGAGCUAAAGUAAAAUAUCUAACAGGUGAAAAAGGUGUGAGGGUUGAACUGAAUAAACCUUCUGACACGAUUGGGAAAGACGUUUUAUAAGCCUUUGAUUUAGCAACUCCUCUUGCUAUUCUCCCUGAUAAAUCUUGAUGCUAUCUAUUAACUUUUGAAUGUGAAUAACAAGAUAAAGGAAAAUCAACAACAAACCAACAUUUUAAUAAAGAAGCAAACAGUGUUUCAAUGUUGCAUCAAAUAGAAGAUUUUUUGACUGCUGAAGCAUUGUACUAUGUGAUUGUGACUCCAGGCCUGUGACUGCUUAUGUGAAGAAGAUAAGCAAUCAGUAAGAAACAGCUUAUGCAUCUGGACAUGAAAUAAGUGCCCUACAUAGAAUUUGUCCAUCCUUAUAUUUUGCCAGACCUGUCAUCCAGCUGAAUCCAGUUCAUCUUUCCCUUUUUUUAUAUGGUAAAAAUUGGAAUUUUGGGUAAUUUUUGUAUGACCAGGUACAGUUUAUCAAAACUGAGUGUUUAAAAAAAAAUAACAAUAUUCUCCAAAAUAACAUCGAUCUAUUUUUGUAAAACUGUUCAUACUGUUCUCCUCUGCCAUGAAAGAUCUAAGUUAAUAUAAGGGUUGCCAGUAGCUGAUUUUCACUUUAAUUUUCUUUACACCUUGAGUCAGAAAAGGAGCACUUUAAUUACCAGCUAAAAAUCUGAUUGUUUUGUAUUCAUAUCUCACACUAAUCCUAACUUUUAAAGAUUGCUGCUGUAUUUUUUUGACUAUGUCCUCUGAACCUUAUUAACAGAAGCAAAUCAGUAUCUCGCUAUUAGUAACAUUCAGUUUGUGGUUUUGUAUGUUGGAUCCACGGAGGGCAAUUUCUGCCUCUCCUUUAGUGUUUUUUUUUUGUUUUGUUUUGUUUAAGUGACUGGCACUAAGUGAACUUGACGCUAUCGGUUGCUGUUAUUGGCUUUGGGGACCUGGUGAAUACCAUCGACUUACAAGUAUAUACAAGGGCUUUCCUAGGCUAUUAGAGGUACCCAGAACCUCCUUACGUACUUGACAGAAAAUUUGGAGCUUUCUCCCUUUUCUAAAGGAAUCUGCCACCCUCCUUUCCUUUGCAUGUGAGUUAACAAAAUAUCAAAAAAUACUCUCUCUGUCUGUCUCUCUUUCCAAAUGUUGGUGUCCCUUCCAGUCCCUAAUUUGAUACCUUGAUCUAUUAUAUAGAAUCAAGGGAAUGGUCAGCACGGAAGCUGAAGUGUAUCACUGCAGGCUCCAUGUGCGAUGCAGCUUUUAGAUUUCUUCUUUUUUUAAAACUGUGCUAAAGGAUUUUCCCCUGAAAGGCACUGCCCUUUGGUCCAUACUGAGAUAAAUAUUUAAUAAGCAAAUCUUUACUUUAACAUUGUUUUCAUUUUUUGAAGGAGAGGGGAUGUCACAGAAUGAGAUGUGCAGAAACUUUGUUAUUCUUUUUUUAAGAAAAGGAGAUUUGGGAGUUUUUUUCCCCUGCCCCUCACCUCCCCAAGCUUUAAAAAAGCUUGAAUAAUCAAACACAAACCCCUAUAAGAUACAGCAUUCACAUUUACAGGAGUUUGGGGGUUGAUCAGCUUACCCACUGCAUUUUCUAUCUGUCCCUUAUUCCCUUAGCCAAAACAAUGUGAGUGUACAGAAAUAUUUCUGUAUAUAUAACAACCUGUGACAAUUUUAGCAUCUGUAUAGUUUGUAUUCAAUUAGAGACCUUUUCUAUGGAAAGCUCAGUAAUUUUUUAUUAAAAAGAUUACUAUUGUUCAUGUAAAACAUGAAAAAGCUAAUUGUUUAGUAGCAAACUGACAGAAGGGGGAAAAAAAUCAGUAUUGGUAUAUCUUUUAGGAGAACCAACAGAAAAUCCAGGUUAAUUUUGAUUUCACUUUUCCUUUUUUU